AGGUCAGGACAUGGGGUAAGUCUGACUAUAAAUUACAAAGGAGGAUAUCUCAACACAGGGAUGACUUUUGGGUGAAAGUUCUGAGCUUCUCAUACGUUGUUCUGGCUCUUCUUCCAGUUUGUAUCUGGUUACUUCUACGCAUCAAAUAAUGGACACGAUUAUGGAAUGGCAGCCACAGGUUCCAAAAAAUCCUCAUGCAGAAGAUAGCCUUACAGGAAAUACAGAGGGGCAAAAAGAAAAUGAGAAAGCUGGCAUAGAGGAGACAUCAGAGCAGACAGUGGAUCUUCAGUCAUUGCCUACACGCGCCUAUCUGGAUCAGACAGUUGUGCCUAUCUUACUAGAAGGACUAGCAGUGCUGGCAAAAGAAAGACCACCAAAUCCGAUUGAAUUCCUAGCAGCACAUCUGUUAAAAAAUAAGGCACAGCUUGAAGACCAGCAUUAAUCCCAUCUGAAGAGGACCAUUUGACUACCAGCAUGUAUGCUAGAUGAACAUGUACUAUUGUCUGAUAUAUAAAUCCUACAAAAAGAAAAAUCUCAUUUACACACUAA